AUGCUGAUGAAGCCUGCUGAGCCAAAUUACCAAGAAUUCCUCAGCAAGGUCUUUGGCAUUGUGCAGCACCCUGAGGCUGCUGCUCCUACUCCUUCUCCUCCUCCUCCUGUUGCUGAUGGUGUUCCUUUCAGAACCACAUUGCAAUCAUUUCAGUUUUAUGAGUCUGAGUACAGCAACUUCUCUUCUUAUGUGAGGGAUUCUGGGAAUGCAGUGAAUGCAGCCCUGAAGACCACAAACUCCCCAAAAGUUGGAGGUGACUUUGCCCUGAAACCCCUGCCAUCUUCCUACAACAGGCCAAAGGGAUUUGAUUACCUUCCUCAGGUCCUGCAGGAGUCUGGUCAGCAGAAAAGAAAAGCCAGGUCACCACCUCAGAUGAGACCAGCUGUGAAGAUCCCUGCCAGUGAGAAAGCAGUCAGGGUUGCCAACCAGUCUGACAAGCCUGCCAGGAAGGUUGCCAGAGCAGCAGUGAGCAUGGAGCCAGCAGCCAAAACCCCAGAACCCAAAACCCCACCUCCCAAAAAGCAGCAGCAGCAGCAUCAGUUACCUGAAAAAGAUUCAAAGCAGCAGAACCUAAUGACACCCAUCAGACCCGCAAAGUGGGUUCUGCAGGACACCAAGGACAGGCGGGCCAGUGAAGACCGGAAACUCGGCCCCAGAGGAAUGAGUGGCCCUGGGAUUUUUAGCCAAAACCCUCAUCAACAGCAAAGGCAACCCCAAGCAGUGCCCCUGAAAACCAUUGCAAAUGAGGAUGAUGAUGAGCUGAUGGGACCCUAUGACUUCAGGAAGCUGCUGAGGAAGACCAACAUUGCCCCCACAGAGUCCCUCAAGCUGAGGAAGGGUCUCAUCAACCCCAAGACCAGUGUUUUCCCUGUUACCAGCAACUCUUGGUCAGCCAAUGAGUCUGUUCUUAGGUCUGACCUCAGAGCCAGACUCCAGCCUGUUGCCAAAAUAUGACUCUUAACUUAAUUUGUCUGUUGUUUUCUCUGUUAUUUUUUUUUGGAGUGUGAUGAUAUAUGCCUUGGAUGUGAAUGAAGAAACCCAGUGAUAUUCCCUGUG